GAAGAAAUCAACUGGUUUACACAAGAUCGUAAAAAGACAUUAGACAUUGGAUAUUGGAAUUUUAAGCGUUCCGACAAACAUCUGCGUUGCUCUUCUGAAAUAAUGAGACCAAUCACCAGUGCAUCAAAGCUAAUUAACUGUAUUUGAAGAAGUGAAGGUAAUGGAGGAAGAGCUGUCCGCGACUAUCAAGGAAUAUCAGACCACUCUAGAAUCUGUGGAUAAGAAGCUGGCAUCAAUCAUUUCUAAUGACCGCUUUCUUAAUGAUCUUAUCUCAAAGUCAAACAAAGAGGAAGGUGAUAUUUCAGAUUUGCCAGCAAACAAAGACGUUAUGAACACCAUUGAAGUUCAUUUUGGACGAGCUAUGCGCCUAACGCUGCUACGAGGGGAUGGUGUGAAAUUACCUCUAGUGAUUCCUGUCAAUGCUAGUGUUUUGGAGUUACGCUGGGCCGUACAAGAAGCAAUUACAUCGUAUUUAAAUCUUCAUAAUCAACCAAAACUACAAAAAGAACAGCAUGUAGGCAGUAUUACUGACAAUAUUUUACAAAGCUGCAUUUCUCCGAAACUUAUUAGCUGGCGAAGUAUUUGGAAAACAAAAUGUUUAGCUCUUGUGAACCCACAUGGCUUAUUUCCUCCAGAAGAUUCUCCAUCUAUCACUGUUAGAUUAGAUGUGCUAACUAAUAAACUAUCAGAGCAUUACCAAGUUCGUAAUGGAGCAGUUAUCACUUUCGCUCCUCGACUUCAACGAAAAUAAACGCUUCUAUGUUUUCCGGACAUCACUAAGAUGUUUUUCAGUUUUCUGUGUACAUAAUACUUGCUUAAUUUUAGCUUUUAUUGAUGAAUGUACAUAGAAGUUUUCAUGUGCAGUUUGUGAUAUCUUCAUUGAAUACGAACUUAGCACAACAUGGAUGCCGAUGUAAGUGCAUUGCUUUUUCUUGUAGCUGUUCGUAGUGCAGAAGCUAAUUUAAUGAAUUGGUCUUCAUUCACCACCAUAAUUUGUGGUAUGAAAAUCAAAAGUUUCGUAGAGAUAGAUCUGUGUAGAACCACAGUGUCUGCUGCGGGAAAUCAGCAUGUCAAAACAAAUAAAAAAGCGUUUAAUAAAGCCAUCGGUAAAUAAAUCUGUUUUUACAA